CGUCAGAGAAACGGUGCCUGUCCUAAAGCAAGAAACUCCGUCCGGAUACAAUGAACACAGCAAUCAUUUCAAGCUACAUCUAUGCAGAAUAAAGCGACUUUAAGGAUUCUUUUUCAUAGUGUAAAGCCUUUUCACGAUGCGGUCCUUGGACAUGCUAACGCUAUUCUUCCACACUGAGGAUUUCUACCUGACUUAGGACACUUACACAUGACAUCACGCCAAGCGAGAAUCGGAUACUCCGCCUCCUCGGUCCGCCAGCGCCCCUCAGUGGAUUAAAGGGUGGAUUACUCGAGUUGCAAAUCAUAAACCGUCCAGGCAAAGCGGGACCAUGGCUGACUCAAUGUACUCGGACCUGAUAGCCAAGCACUACAACUUCACAGGGAAAUUACGCAAAGUGGACAAGGACCCUGGACUCAAGGCCGACUCCGUUGUCUUCAUCAUCGUGUGCUGCUUCAUCAUUCUAGAGAACGUUCUGGUCCUUCUCACCAUCUGGAGGACGAAGAAGUUCCACAAGCCUAUGUAUUACUUCAUUGGGAACUUGGCCCUAUCAGACCUACUGGCAGGCAUGGUGUACACUGCAAACAUCCUGCUCUCGGGGCCUAACACAUACAAACUGAGCCCCACACAGUGGUUCUUCAGGGAGGGCAGCAUGUUCGUGGCGCUGGCCGCAUCGGUCUUCAGCCUCUUGGCCAUCGCCAUCGAGCGCCACCUCACAAUGCUGAAGAUGAAACUCCACAACAGCGGCAACACAUGCCGCGUCUUUAUGUUGAUCAGCACCGUGUGGCUCAUUGCCGCCAUCCUGGGAGGCCUGCCCGUCAUGGGCUGGAACUGCAUCCGCAGCAUGCCGAGCUGCUCCACGGUGCUGCCACUCUAUCACAAAGCCUACAUCCUCUUCUGCACCACCGUGUUCAGCGUCAUCCUCAUGGCCAUCGUGGUGCUCUACGCCCGCAUCUACGCCCUGGUGCGCACGCGCAGCCGCAAGCUGGUCUUCCGGAAAGUGUCCAAUGGCCGCGGCGGAGCCAACAAGAGCUCAGAGAAGUCCAUGGCGCUGCUGAAGACGGUCAUCGUCGUGCUGAGCUGCUUCAUCGCCUGCUGGGCGCCGCUCUUCAUACUCCUGUUGUUGGAUGUGGCGUGCGAGACCCGCGCCUGCCCCAUCCUCUACAAAGCCGAGUGGUUCCUGGCGCUGGCCGUGCUCAACUCGGCAAUGAACCCGCUCAUCUACACGCUCACCAGCAACGAGAUGAGGCGAGCCUUUAUCAAGACGCUGCUGUGCAGCGCCUGUGCUCAGCCAGCCACCAAGUUCUCCAGGCCCAUCAUGGGUGCUGAAUUUAGCCGGAGCAAGUCGGACAACUCGUCACACCCGAACAAGGACGAGCCCGAGUACUCGCCCAGGGAGACCAUCAUCUCCUCAGGGAACGUCACCUCCUCUUCCUAAAGGGACUGUGUUCAUCUCUCCCCCCCCGUUAAGUAGUAAAUGUAAUGUGAUUGUGUAUAAGAGCGAACAUCUGUCGGUGUGUGCGCGUGUGUAUGUGCGUGUGUGUGUGGUUGUAUUAGGGGUUGUAUUAGUCUUACAAGCGCUUGAACUGUUUCUAAGCCGACUUCAUCAAAAGGUAUGAAAAUACCAACAGAAAAGGGCUAAGAUGAGAGAAUUUGUGACUGAAUUGCGAGAUCCGGAAGCCCUCGUCUGAACUGGAAAGUGCUGCUCUUACGUGAGACGUUUAUUUUGACACUUCCGAAACACAUGCAGCACUGAAAUGUCUUCCUCCAAUUUCAGUAAAAAACUAGGGAAGCACUUAACAAACUGAGCUCUGUAAACUCAAUUAAUCAGUAUUGUGCUUUCCUUCCCACUACACAGAAACACACAUCUGAACGUGAGAAACAUUUAGAAGAGCACUUGUUGUAAAAGUGCUCUUUCAGAGCCUUGCUAAGCCUUACUGACUCUCCUUAUAAUGGACUGAUUAAAAAAUCCAUGUUCAUUUGUACUAUUUCAUGGAAAUUAAAUUAAAGAAAUACAGCGAAAAGGUACUUGUGUUUCUUUGACUUAACACAAUGGUUUAGUGAGAUUUAUUCUACCCCUGAUGAAGAAUGUAUUUUGAUCAUUUGUUUGUUCUCACGUUCUCAUCUGACAAGCAGUUGUUGUAGAAGAUACUUGUACAGUUGUAGUUUUCAGUAUUAAUUUAUCUUUAAAGUAGUGAAUAAACCUCUUGUGACUUGGAUUACGAUUAAAUGGCAAAACACAAAAAAUUAUUUUGUUGUAUUUUUUUUACUGUUCCUUUGAGGGUUUCAGAUGUGUCCUGGUAGCUAAUACACAUUGUGGGGGUUUUUAUGGUGGUCUCUCUGGUGUGAUGUACUUCACCCUGUAUGGAGGGCUUUGCAUUUGUAAUGUAGUGAGGUUCAGACCUAUGGAAAUAAGAAGUGGGGGUCUGCCAAGUAUCACAGUUGGAUGCUGGGAAUGUAAAUCUGACAUUCCCAGACAUUCUAACAUCUCCCUCCUGCCACCUUUUAGCUCAAUAUCUGUACGGAAGUACUGUAGAAUGUAGAAUUGGGUAAACACCUCCUCCUUUGGGAAUAAGGAUGCUGACAACUAAGCCGAUGUUCAGCCCAUCUUGUCCCUGUGGUCUGUUUUUGCACAUUGUAACAUUUGUGUGUUGUUUUGUUAGUUUGUCAAUAAAUGUUUGUUGCAGAAAUGUGACCUUCAAAGUUUGUAAUUUAUGGUCAUCCGAUGAACUGUCUAUUUUUGCAGCUUGUGGAAGCAGCCACGUGGAAAUAAAAUCUGCAGAUAAAG